AUGCAGUAUUGAAUCAGUACCAAUCAAGGGCGUUUUGGUCACGUCCUGUGGAGCACCUAAAUGGCCUCGUCGUCGCCCAGCAGUGCCGCGAUGGCUAUGCAAACAACAUUUCAGGUAGUGAAAGAUAAUGAAGCAGCAACUGAAGAUGCGGGGACUCGUGACAACUCUGACGCUGGUGCGCCUCAGCAGUCUUCGCGCCUUUCCAGCUAUAUGAGCGCAAACUACAGCCACGACUCGCUCGCUACAGAUGAUAUGCAUCUUAUGAACAGCUUUACGGAGGAGACCUUUUUGGAGAUGCUCGAUUUUGGCUCUGGCGAACCGUUACCCGCCGCUUUGACGUUAGAGGCGGUGCACGCGGCUGUUGCAUCCGAGCGUUAUCACGUGCUUGGAGCGCCAUCCACAAAGAUGCUGACUCGGAUAAGUGGAACCGGUCUGGCGCCCUGGGAGAUCCAUCGGCCCCAGAAGUUCGUUCGCGACCUAGUGUUGCGCGGCUGCUUCUCGGGGCGAGUUCUGGACGCGGGCUGCGGCAUCGGCGACAACGCGUUGUUCAUCGCCAAGGCCUGCCCGCAGGCGCACGUCACGGCGGUGGACGUGUCGCCGCGCUGCGUGGCAUUCGCAACGGCCAAGGCGGGCCUGCGCCGCAUGACAAGCGGCCUGAUCACACUCGAGAAGUUCGUUCGCGACCUAGUGUUGCGCGGCUGCUUCUCGGGGCGAGUUCUGGACGCGGGCUGCGGCAUCGGCGACAACGCGUUGUUCAUCGCCAAGGCCUGCCCGCAGGCGCACGUCACGGCGGUGGACGUGUCGCCGCGCUGCGUGGCAUUCGCAACGGCCAAGGCGGGCCUGCGCCGCAUGACAAGCGGCCUGAUCACACUCGAGACCGCCAGCCUGACGGAGCCGGAGCCGGAGCGGCAGGCCGCGUGUGUGUCCAGCCCCGCCUCUGACGGAACCUUUGAUGUGGUCCUGGACUCCUCCACCUUCCACUGCUUCUGCGACGCCGACCGGGAGCUCUACGCCGCCAGCCUGCGGCGGCUGCUGCGCCCCGGCGGCAAGCUGUUUGUGAACUGCAUGAGCGAGGCGGAGACGCGGCCAGGCGGGCCCAGGCGGGUGUCUGUGGCGGAGCUGCUGUCGAUGUUCAACCGGCAGUCGGGCUGGGAGGUGGAGGUGAUUGAGGAUUCCGUCAUCGAGCUGCACCCCACAUUCUGGGGAGGACAGACUGUGUCGCGGCUGUACACGGUGCGCAAGUUGUGAGCGUGCGAGAUGCAUGGCAGCAGCAGUAGCAGCCUCUGCGGCGGCAGCAACAGCGGCAGUAGCAGCAUCCGCGGCGGCAGUAGCAGCAGCUUAUGGGGCUGCUGCCCCCUGGAUGCGCGCGGCGACGGAUUCAGUCAUGAUCCAGUCACGGCGCUGGAGGUGAAGGGGGUUUGGUGCAUUGUGGGCGUGACAUGGGGCGCAACAUCUGCACUUAGCUCGGCACGGAAUGAGGUGGUGUGCAUCGAGUAUCCACGGCUCGGUUGCGAUUCCUUGUUGCCGACCAGCGAGCCGCCUUGUGUCCUUCACUCGCGGCUGUUGGCUGGAGUUGGCGUAUGGUUCCAAUGAAGUGACCCUGGCAAUUACAGUGCGCACGGGUCCCUCGUUUCUGAGGCUUCAAGUGUGGGCCAGACGCUGGCUUGCUUUGUAUUAGCGACCUCUCGUUCUUGUUGAUGCAUUAGACGAGUAUUGUGGAGAUUAAGGGAAGAUCUGAGUGUAAAUAUGAACUACUUAAAGUUCGCAUAGCUUAUUACCGUUGCGGAGGCUAGUAGCAACAUGCUGGGUUUGGGAGUCCCGGGGUGGUGUGUUGGUAUAUGUGGGCGGGCUGAGGGGUUCUGGGGCAGUUGACACAAGCUGCAAAGCCACAGACUGCAUGCCCCCAGCUGGAGUUGCAGGCCGCCAUCUGGAGGUGGUGUUCGUUGCGGCAAGUGGUUUGCCCUGUGAUGCUCUGGUGGUCAAGUAUGGUAUCUUCGUUGUACGUAGACCAAACCGUUCCGGUGCUUAAAAUGCUCCUGCACCUGACGUGCGCAUGAUGCGGUGCUUCCAGUUGCAUUGCACCCACGGGUUCCUUACCGGCUGUGCUUCCUAUGAUGCUUUUAUUGCUGCUACAUGUGUUUGUUAGCAUCAAGUGCAGUCAUGGCGCUAUGGAAUGCGGAAGCAGAUAACCCCGCGCAGCGCCAGUCUUGAACGUGUCACUACAUCGUAACACGGAUAUCCAUUGCUACAGGCGCUUGCAUGUGGCCUUGAAGUUGUGGUGAUUCUCUCGACAUAUUGAUCUGACUGUGGAGGUUUACGUUUGAUUGUGCGCGUUUGGCGUACUUACGUACGAGCCACAACGUUAUUCGGAGUUACCCCGCAGGGAUGAAUUCUACAAAGACACGAUCUGCUUGGACCAGUGCAUGUGAACCGCUGCUCAGACGCAGUGCCCAUUCGCGUCUGAGUGAGUGUGUGACACGGCAUUGCAAUGCAUAGGUGCGGGGCAUGGACGGCGCAAUAUGACUUGGCCGCAGUGGUGUAGUUAAGCCCUUUGUACUUGAUCCUAAGAAAGUAUCGGUGGAUACCAAGGCUGUGAUCGAUGUGGUAAUGCGCAACCAGGUUGUCAGUGAGCACUCUGGACCAGGGGCGCGCCCUGUGUGCUUGGAGUGCGAGCGAUGUGCGAGGAUAGAUGGCUGAAAGGCGUGCGUGCAUUGAUGUUGGCUAUGUCUGCACAUCCACUGCAACGUGCAAUGCAACGUUACAACGUUUGCAGUGUGGAUAGUUGGAGUUUGAAGCAAGGCCGCAGGAGCAGGGCAGCUGCAAUAAAGAAAGCAGCCGCGGUUAUGCAUCGGCUGGCCGCUCUCAGGCUGCUUCCUCUUGGUUCCGGCGAAUGCAUGCUGUGGGUUUGGGCGAAUGUGUGUUUGAAUAAGUUUCAUUCACUCGCAAGCACUUCGUUAAGUUGCUGAGUGGGGCUGUGAAUGGGGCCCCACCACAUUACAUGAAGCUUGAAAGUGCGGCUGCGGACAGUUGCGAUCAUGCAUGUGACAUGGUUCGCGCAACGUGUGCCAGGAGCUCUCCGCAGGCUGGGUUAUGCGAGUGCCGUCGUUUGUGGGUGCCUCUCGCCAGUCCUUCUGAUGAAAGACUGCUAGACUGCGGCGGCCGUAUGCCAAGCCCGGGUCAGACGUAGACCCAGAGCUAUAACAAUGAGUACCAGGAGAAAUUUACAUUAGUUUUGUGUGUGGCCUGGCUCGGGUGCAGGGGUCCUGCACUCGUGCUCGCCCGCAUGUGUCUUGGUGGUGCGGUGCAGGCAUCGGGGUUACACAGUGUGGGAGCUGUGGGCUGGCGUGGGCGGUAUAACUGUGCCCUGGUACCAUCCCACCACCAUGAACAACCAGAACACAGGCCGACUGCCGACAGCGCGCGAACGACGCACCAAUGCCUUGUCCCUUCUUGCUACGCAUUUAUGUGGGCACGGGUGGGAGCCACACACAUCGGGACUACGCUUUCCUGCCCCUUGCCAUGUUCCAUCACGAGGCCGACUGCCGACAUACAUUGGGAACCGCUUGAAGUAAGCCGUCCAGGAUUCAAGGUUAAGUCGCCGGGAAUGUGUGCGGCACAGUCCAGGUUCCAGCAAGUCAGCGAUGUUUCGGUACAGUAACUCCGGCAUUUUGUCAGCCACGCAAUCUUGCCUUGAUGUUGCAAACUGAAUGUUGGGGUCUGGGAAUACGCUGCACACUAAGAAUGCGGAUGUUACAGAGGGGACAGUCCCAGCACCCGAAGACGCCGAGCCAUCACAUGCUUUCAGGGCACACUAAGGGACUCUGCCGACCUGCCCCUUGAAGACCCUGUCCCAUCACCCCUGAGGCUAGCUAAGGCGCACCCGGUCGGCUGCCUGCUCCUGUUUCACGCCAACUUCGAUGAUUCACGGUACAGCGUCAAGGCAUAUUUGGGACUGUUGGGGACGGAAGGUUGAACUUGUAUUGCCACAUCGUCGGGGCGCAGUACGGUAUCUUCGAUAUU